AGUGGGCGAUCUAUGGUGAGACACCCCCUUUGUAAACAACUCUGGUAAACACUCUGCUGUCGUUAUAAAUGCACCGACAGAAUGUAAACAGAAAGCGGACCAUUUAAAACUCGCGCAAGAUUGCCAUGUGUGUUUUAACAGAUAGCUUAGCACAGCUUUUUCGUAAACUAAAGUAAAGUUAUCUACCGUUCCGUGCUCUAUCUAUGCUAUGGCAGCGACCUCUUUUUGUGGAAAUGUGUUUUUCGGCGAUCUUUUUGCCGUCGUGAUCAUAAGCGCACCUGCCACGUGAAACGAUGACAACGAUGGCAAGCGUCAACGAAGUGAAUGGUUCUGGAGACCCAAACGUUUCUAGAAAAGUAGCUCUUAUUACGGGAAUAACGGGUCAGGAUGGAUCGUAUCUAGCCGAGUUUCUAUUGGAGAAAGGAUACCAAGUCCAUGGAAUAAUAAGACGAUCAAGCUCGUUCAACACCGGAAGAAUACAGCACUUGUACGCUGAUACAAGGUCCCACACGGAGGGGUCAAUGAAACUUCAUUAUGGUGAUCUAACUGAUAGCACUUGCCUAGUCAAAAUCAUCAGUGAAGUUCGACCAACUGAGAUAUACAAUCUUGGAGCACAGAGUCAUGUUAAGGUUUCGUUCGAGUUGACUGAAUACACGGCCAAUGUCGUUGCAGUUGGAACUCUGCGGCUGCUGGAUGCUAUCCGCACAUGCAAGCUGGACAAGCAGGUGCGCUUCUACCAGGCAUCUACGAGUGAGCUCUAUGGCAAGGUGCAGGAGAUACCGCAGCGUGAGACGACGCCUUUCUACCCGCGCUCACCCUACGCGGUCGCCAAGCUCUACGCCUACUGGAUCGUCGUCAACUUCCGCGAGGCCUACGGCAUCUACGCGUGCAACGGCAUCCUCUUCAACCACGAGUCGCCGCGGCGUGGCGAGACGUUCGUCACGCGUAAGAUCACGCGUGCUGUCGCGAAGAUCCACCUCGGGCAGCAGGAGCGCGUGGAGCUCGGCAACCUGGACUCGCGUCGCGACUGGGGCCACGCGCGCGACUACGUCGACGCCAUGUGGCGCAUGCUGCAGCAGGACGCGCCGGACGACUUGGUCAUCGCGACGGGCGAGGUGCACAGCGUGCGCGAGUUUGUCGUCGAGUCGUUCCGCGUCAUCGGCGUGGAGAUCGCGUGGGAGGGUAGCGACGAGGGCGAGGUGGGGCGCGACGCCGCGACGGGCGUCGUGCGCGUGCGCGUCAAUCCGAAGUAUUACCGGCCGACGGAGGUCGAGUUCCUGCAGGGAGACGCGACAAGGGCGAAGACGGAGCUCGGCUGGGAGUCGACGACGCCGUUCAAGCAGCUUGUGAGUGAGAUGGUGGAGUCGGACGUCAAGCUGAUGAAGGCGAACCCGUCCGCUUGAGGGGGAACAACACGAAGAUGUGAUAACUGCAUUCCUCGCGCGCAUGCUUUUGAUGGAAAUAUCUACUCUUACUGGUGUAUCCGCCAGGGAUGGUUGCCAAGUAGCCAAUUGGUGUGGAGGGCGUUAUAAAAUGCUGCUUAGUAGCAAAGUGCCACAAAGUCUAUGAUUCGGGAUCCAUGCGUAACUAACGUGUGAUUUACUGACUUAGCAACUGUAUGCCAAGUUGAAUGUUAAUCUCGCUCGGUCGGUCAAUUUUCAGGUACGCAUGACAGUGUGAGUGGUACUGUUUCUACUCUGUUCUUGUCAUCUUUUUUUAAACAGAUGCCAGUAAAAGAAACUGCAGCAAUCUUUUUCAUGUACCUUAUUGUAGAUGUCAUGCCUCCCAUAUUUCAUAGUUUUCAGGCAUUUCUGCCAAAAAAUUGAUCUUUCAACCCUAAAUCAAAUCAUUUCACAAUUUUUUACUUAAAUUUUUAAAAUCACGGCUUCUUGAUAAUUCAGUAAUGCAGUUUGUGUAUAUGGCUUUGUGUAAGUUACGAUGAAGUACAGGAUGUGUAACCAGAACAGUAAAGUGCCAGAUAUAAUGAAUAAAAUUCCAAUAUCACAACCAUGUGUGAUGUACGAUUCUAAAUACCACCUACCUGAUACAAUCAAAGUAAAGAUUGGUGAAGCAGGGAAGGUCAUAUGGAUAAAGUGUCUUACUUUACGUUAAUAAAUUUCAGAUGUGUAAUGGCACGGUUCUUUAUUGUCUAGUAGGAAUUAAUUAUUGAAAUUGUAUAAUAAUAUCAGGAGUGAAUAAUAAUAGAAGAAUAUAAGAAUUGCCUCGUAGGAAUCUAUUAUUAUUCACUCCUGAUAAUAUCAAGAGCGUAUAAAUAAGGUUUUUUUUAUACGCCUUCUUUAUACGCUCUUGAUAAUAUGUAAUAAUGUUCCAACAUUUCAAUCAUGUCUAUGUUUGUAAAAAUGUAGCAGGUUUCAUAAUCUAGCCAAAAAAUUAGUCUUUUAAAAUGUCCAAGCUAUUAAAUCUAUGAUUGCAAAUUGCAAUUGAGAAAUGUUAAUGUAAGGUAUACUAUGAAGGAAUUUCAGGUGGUGUGUACCAUUGUAAUUUUUGAUUUGUUAAAUUGUAAAUAGAAACUAAAGCACACUAAUUGUAAAGCUGGUUGCAGUUUCAUAUAUUAAUAUAUAAUCAGUUGCAAUGGUGAUACAAGGACCCUAAUGGAAUGUGAAUACAAGCUGUUGUACAAUAUGUGAAUUUGCCUCCAGUAAAUAGCAGUUGCUGAAUAA